AUGGUGCACAUUCUCAAGAACCCAGACGGCACGGUCAACUUUGAUGCCGUGCAGAAGGAGACCGCUUUCCUGAAAGGAAAGUAUGCUCAGAACGCUGAGAACAUCAAGAAGAACACGGCCCAUGAAGAGCAGCUCAAACAGCAGUCCGCCCAAUCCUCGGCGCCCGAGCAAAAGCAUGGUGACAUCGUAGCGCCCAAGGCAGACUCCUCCCACUCCUCUCAGUAG